AUGACGCGCCUGUUCGCCUCGCUCGGCCUGGCAUUGGUCUGCCUUUCUGCCGCCGCCAAUGCCGCCAACAACAUCUUCGCCGCCUUUAACGGGAACUGCGGGAAGUGCCUCGACCAGGCCUACCUCUCCUGCCCUGGGGACUACAUGACGCUAGGGUUCGCGACGUGCAUGUGCGCAGGCAAGGGCGGCGCAAACGUCAACACCUGCCUCAGCUACUGCGACGUGAGCCUGAACGAACCGACCAACGUGGUCAACGCGUUGUACAUGUACUGCGCCAUCUUCUUUGCCAAGGAUGUGUGCCCGGCUGCAGCCCAGGUUUUCAGCCAAAGCACGAUGGAUAGGCUGUGCAGUCCCGACGCGGUCGCCAAGAGCGAGGCCUUUCUCAACUCUCUUGGCGGGUCAGGAUCUGGCGCUGGGACUGGUUCUGGUUCUGGGGCAGGUUCUGGGACGGGUACUGGAACGGGUACUGGAGCUGGCAGCGGUUCUGGCUCUGGCUCUGGCUCUGGCUCUGGCGCGUCGGUGCCAGGAGUGGCGGGAGACAGCACUGGAAAUGCAGGCGGAGCCAAGGCCACCGGGGCGGGAGCCAACGUGGGCGCAACAUCGACGAGCAAGGCGCUUGCUGCCACGGCGAUGCCAUUGUCAGGGCUGGGUGUCAUGGCAGGACUUGGUAUGGCCCUUGUUAAUGUGGGCCUGUAGCAGUCUUGGCAGGAAUUCGUGUCCGCGGGAAAAGUGUAUGAUGGGUAUCGGGCUUGAUAACAUUUAAUGGUGUUGGACGCGUG